CGUCGUCAAGCCCCCCGUCUCAUCCCACCCAUUUUUGAUCACAGGCGUAGAUGAUAAAAUAGUUCAGCUUUCUCUAGAACCCUAGCUACCUUUCCAAAUCUCCUUAUCCUACCGUUUCUGCCGGUACCGCCCCAUACCUCCUACUCGACGUCUUUCCAUGCCGCCCUAUCCUCUAAUGCAUCUUGUCUUAGUUGCGAAGGAUGCCUGAUUGUCCACCGCAAAGCUCCUAAUCUGAUCCCCAUAACUUAUCACUACUAGUACUGCUGUUAUCCAAGACAAUAAUCGUCCUCCUCCUACGCUGUAAUACUUCCCCUCGCCUCCGAAAUUCGUACUGUCGCGACAUUUGAAAUCAUCGUUAGACAAGCCAUCCAAAUUGUCCCGCAGCAGCUUACGCGGGGUGCGCCGGCUGCACCCUCAACGACCUCAUUCGAAGUUCCCAUUGACGACUACACAUUCCCACCAUGCCUUCGGUGGACUCAGAUUCCCCGGACGACACCUUCUUCAACGACCUAUCCCAGCAGGCUCCCGAGCCGACCGAACAUAACGAAUCGCCGACGGGGCCAGCUGGCCAGGACAAGCAAAGAGACGAUGCGGCGAAACCAAAGAGAAUAGCUUGCAUACUGUGUCGGAAGAGGAAGUUGCGAUGUGACGGUACAAGACCUACCUGCGGUACCUGCAAGCGACUCUCCCACGAUUGCGCGUACGACGAGGUACGAAAGAAGAGCGGGCCGAAGCGGGGAUACGUGAAGCUGCUGGAAGCUAGACUUCAACAGGUAGAAACGCUGCUGAAGAACCAGGAAUCGUCCGAUCAGAAUAAAGAUGCCUCCCAAGAUCCGGCCUCCGCGUACGUUGCAAGCACAAUCCAACAGGGUCUACCCAAUGUACCGGAUUUUUUGAACACAGACAAUGGAACGGGGAAUUUCGCAAGGUCAGGAUCGCCGGCUCCCGAUGCGUUUGGCAUGAAUGCGCCCGCUGGAGCAGCUGAAGGCGACUUUCCAUGGGAAAUGAUAGGUCUAGGCUUGGACGAGCCUCUACCACCUCAGGAUGUCAUGGACGACUUGUACAACAUCUUCUUUCAAAAAAUCUAUCCAUCGUUGCCGAUUAUGCACCGGCGGAGGUUCAUGGCAGCCAUGAAUCUCGCGCCGCACAUGCGACCUCCAGUGUGUCUGCGCUACACAAUGUGGACAUUGGCCGCAUCCGUGACAGAUAAAUAUGACGCACUACAAGAACAUUUCUACCAGCGAGCACGGAAAUACGCCCAGAUGGACGAGAUGAAAGGCCACGGCGAAUCGACCAUCACUUUAGCUCAUUGCCAGACAUGGGUUUUGAUGAGCACCUACGAAUUCAAACAGAUGUAUUUCCCUCGAGCUUGGCUCUCCGCCGGAAGAGCGGUGCGUCUCGCGCAAAUGAUGCAGCUACAUCGAUUGGAUGGCGCUGGUCUAGACGUGAAACAAUGUUUGCCGCCCCCCAAGGACUGGACGGAGAGAGAGGAGAGGAGGCGGACGUUUUGGAUGACGUUUUGUAUUGAUCGAUAUGCUAGCAUUGGCACAGGCUGGCCAGUGUCGAUUGACGAGCGAGACAUCUUGACCAAUCUCCCAGCGACAGAGGAUGCAUUCGACAGAAGCAAGCCAAUGCCUACGAGCACAUUAGAGGACUGCUUGAAACCUGGAGGCGCAAACUCGAUGCAAGCAUUCGGCGGAGUUGUACUCACCGCCGCACUCUUCGGUCGCAACCUACUACAUCUUCAUCGACCCGAGGCCGAUGACCGUGACGAUGAUCUUAACGGCGGGUUCUGGACACGGCAUCGCAAUAUUGAAGGUUUCCUUCUAAACACCGCAUUGAGCUUGCCGGAUCAUCUUCGUCUGCCCACCGGACUCUCUGAUCCGAACGUGGUAUUCCUCAAUAUGUGCAUUCACACCUCCGCCAUUUGCCUGCAUCAAGCCGCAAUCUUCAAAGCAGAUAAACAUCGACUCCCAGCCAACGUCAGCAAUGAGAGCAAAAUCAGAUGUGUUACCGCAGCUGCUGAAAUUGCGUCGGUGAUGAGAAUGAUCAGCCAUAUGGAUUUGUCUGCAAUGAACCCUUUCAUAUCGUUCUGUGUGUACGUUGCAGCUCGUGUAUUCGUUCAGUACCUCAAGACGCGACCAAAGGACCACCAGAUGAACUCUUCUCUCCAAUUUCUCUUGCAAGCCAUGCAAGCAUUGCGACGCAAGAACCCCUUAACGGAGUCUUUCCUGGUUCAGCUUGACCUCGAUUUGGAGACAGCGGGCGUUCUGGGCAUGCACUCUAAAGUUUAUAACUUACCGGCUCGUGGCGCAAACCCUAUCCUUUCAAAUGGUGAUCCAGUUCAAUGUAUCCCAGUUGUCAACAUCCGAGAUGCAGAGGGUGAGCAAGCCCCCGUGAAUCAGUUCGGAAAUAGCAAUACGGCAACGCAGAAUCGACCAUCGCAGUUCAAAGGCAACUCGCCAGGCCCGCCGUUCCACGUCGCGAACCCGAUCGGUAACAUGGACAUACAUCCCACAGGUGGCUUUGCGACAUCGCAAGGCGAAGGACAGGCGAAUAUCCCCACACGAAAUGGAUCAGGGAGUCAUGAACAUUAUACGACAAAUGGUGUCGGGGUAUCUACGAACGACCCCUACAUCAUGGGCGAUGGCAAUGAGAUGGACCUUUCUGCAGACGGUAGCGUAGAGCACCCUAGUCCGGCAACACUGAAUUCGCAAUCAAGAGGCGGGUCUACCUCACAAAGCUCGUACUCUCCCUCUCAACCGCAGGAUGAGAUGCAAAACCUCCAAUACCGGCCGUCACCCAAACCCCUGACCAGCCAAAUUCCAUUGGCGCAUAGUACUGCUUCGAGCAGUAACACGCAGUACUUUACGACGACAAACACGAUGUUUUCGCAGCCUGUUUAUGAUAACACGAAUACUAUGAUGAAUCCAGGUUCGCUCAAUAACGGAUUCGUGGGCCAGAGCGACUGGGAGUUCUCGACCAUGGCCACGGGGAUGACUCCCAUGUCGGAAGGCAGCUGGAACCAGAUGCUUGAGACCAUCAAUCUCGGAUGGGAUUCAUUAGGGCCGCCUCACGGGAAUAAUAGAUCAGGGUAGCAGUGCUAUUACUGGCAAUGGAUUAUGGCUUUGGUGCGAAAAAGGACAGGAUACCCCAUUUUUUAACUAUAUUAUUUGGUACACAGUAGAUGAUGCGGCGCAU